AUCUGUGUAUCGCGCCGUGGAUAAAAGCACCAUCAUCCUCCUGCAACAGGAACGGCGUUGUGCUGGAGAUAAGGGCAUCCUCCCCGCUCCCUACUCUCAUGCCUACCGACUAGGGUUGCUCAUAUACGCUUCAAGCCGGGGGGUAAAAGGACUACAUUAUGGUGAAACACCGUCCAGAGAGAGACAGCUGGGGUGAGUGGUCUCUGAGUGACAAAAAUGUUUAUGAGUGGAGCUCAGAGGAAGAGGAGCCAGAUGGACGAGCCCGGCCGAUCCAGGUGCUGCUGGUCAAAGACGACCACACCUUUGAGCUGGAUGAGGCGGCGCUGAGCCGGAUCCUCCUGUCUGAGGAGGUCAGGGACCGCGAAGUGGUGGCCAUCUCCGUGGCGGGGGCUUUCCGCAAGGGCAAGUCCUUCCUCAUGGACUUCAUGCUGCGUUACAUGUACAACCAUGCGUCUGAAAAUUGGCUCGGAGAUGCAAAUGAGGCUUUGACCGGCUUCUCCUGGAGGGGGGGCUCAGAGAGGGAAACCACUGGGAUCCAAAUCUGGAGUGAGGUCUUUCUGGUGGACAAACCAGAUGGAAGAAAGGUUGCUGUGUUGCUGAUGGACACGCAGGGCACAUUUGACAGCCAAUCCACGCUAAGGGAUUCAGCCACUGUGUUCGCCCUGAGCACCAUGAUCAGCUCCAUGCAGGUUUACAAUAUAUCACAGAAUGUACAAGAGGAUGAUCUUCAGCACUUGCAGCUUUUCACUGAGUAUGGAAGACUAGCGAUGGAGGAGACUUUCCUGAAACCUUUCCAGUCCCUGAUUUUCCUAGUUCGAGACUGGAGUUUUCCAUACGAGUUUCCUUAUGGACAGGAGGGAGGCAUGAAGUUUCUUGAGAAGAGACUGAAGAUCUCAGAGAACCAGCAUGAAGAACUUCAGAAUGUGCGGAAGCACAUCCACUCUUGCUUCACCAACAUCUCCAGCUUCCUGAUGCCUCACCCCGGCCUCAAGGUGGCCACCAACCCUCACUUUGACGGAAGAAUUAAAGAGAUCGAUGGUGAGUUCAUAAACAACCUGAAGAUCCUGGUCCCCUGGAUCCUUAGUCCUCGUAACAUCGACGUGAAGGAGAUCAACGGCAGCAAGAUCACCUGCAGAGGCCUGCUGGAGUACUUUAAGGCAUACAUUAAAAUAUAUCAGGGUGAAGAGUUGCCACAUCCAAAGUCAAUGCUGCAGGCCACAGCAGAGGCCAAUAAUUUAGCAGCAGUCGCAGCUGCGAAGGACCUGUACAACAAAAAAAUGGAGGAGGUCUGCGGAGGCGAUCGGCCCUUCCUGGCCCCCAGCGAGCUGCAGAACCGGCACGGCGCCAUCAGGGAGGAGGCCCUGCAGCUGUUCCGGGGGGUCAAGAAGAUGGGAGGCGAGGAGUUCAGCCGCCGCUACCUGCAGCAGCUGGAGGGUGAGAUCGACGAGGUGUUCGUCCAGUAUAUCAAGCACAACGAUUCCAAGAACAUUUUCCAUGCCGCCCGUACGCCGGCCACACUCUUUGUGGUCAUCUUCGUCAUGUAUGUGGCGGCAGGGAUCACGGGCUUUGUGGGGGUGGACAUCAUCGCCAGCCUGUGCAACAUGAUCUUAGGCCUGGCGCUGAUCACUCUCUGCACCUGGGCCUACAUCCGGUACUCCGGAGAGUACAGGGAACUGGGCGCCGUCAUUGACCAGGUGGCUGGGGCGCUUUGGGACCAGGGGAGCACAAAUGAGGCUCUGUACAAGCUGUACAAUGUAGCGGCCAACCACCGGCACCUGUACCACCACGCUUUCCCUGGAGCCCACGCGGACGAUGCCGCCGAGGAGCGGGACAAGAAGAAGGACUGAUGACAACACAGCAGGGACUUUCUUUUGGGAUGUUCAGGGGGCGUAAGGGAGAGGGGCACCCAUCAGGCACUUCUGUAUUCUGGCAAUGGCUGCUGCAGCCAACAAAUCCAGUCACUACUUUAAUCCUUAAAUUGAACUUUAUAAGGUUCAUGCAUCAGAAAUGUCAGAGCACUGCCUCAGCGGGUGUCUGCCCUCAAAGCGUACCAUCGUCUGUCACUUUUCGUCUCUACAGAUAGCGUGGGCACUCUGCUGGAGGAGACCUUUGAGAAUCUGACCUCCAGUCUGCUGUUUAUUUCAUAUCACACAGAUUUCCCAGUCAUUUAAUGCAGGCAAUUCUUUUUUUCUAAAGUAUUGCUGAAUUUGUGAAAUAACCACUUGUGACAAAUGUUCUGUUCCAUAGGGUAUCGUGCUGUUUAUAUUGAGCAUUAUCUAUGAUCUGCGAAGGCCAAAUUAUGUACAGUGUGUUGAAUAAUGAAGCAGCAUUAUUAUCUGCAUGUUGAUGUUUCUCAUCUUUAAGCUCAGAAUUCAGGUAUACUUUUUAAAAUAUAUAUACGUUUUAAUGGUUGUGACUAGUGGUAUAGUGCCAUAAAAUGUAAAUGUUUUGUCCAUUGUUUUUUACAUCUAUGCUUCAGCCUGGGCAAAUACAGACACACGAAGGUACGUUAUUAGUUGUAGGCAAUGCAGUGCCUUGCAAAGUUUGUCAUGUUAGAACCAAAAACUUCAAUGUAUUUUACUGGGAUUUUAUCUAAUAGAUCAACACAAGGUAAAACAUAAUUAGAAUGUGCAAGGGAAAUAUGUUUUGAACAUGUUUUACAAUGAAGAAUCUGUAAAGUGCAUUGUGCCCUUGUAUUUGUCCCCCCAGAGUCAAUACUAUGUGGAAUCAGCUUUUGCUGCAAUUACAUCUGCAGCUCGGUGUGUGUGCAGAUCAAUAAACUGAGAAUUUUGCCCAUUUUUUUUGUCUGGACAACAGUAAAGCGCCGUCAGAUUAAAUGAAGAGCAUUUGUGAAGAUCAACUACCGAUCUCAAAUAGAUUGGGUCUGGACUUGCCUAACACAUAAAUAUGUUUGGAUCUAAACUAUUCUAUUUGAUGUUUAGGAUUGUUGUCAAGCUGAAAGGUAAAAUCGGCAGCAGUCUCAUAACUUGCAGCCUGUAAAAUUAUCUUCCAUCAACUCUGACCAGCAACCCUGACCCUGCUGGAAAAAAGCAUCCCCACAGCAUGAUCUUGCCACCACUAUGUAUCUUAGUAUUCUGAACCUUUGUAUCAUUAUGGACUCAAUCCAGAGCAUUAAGGUCCAAAAAUCAAUUGUUAGACACUCCUAGAUUGCACAUCAAAGCAGAAGAGACUGAACUUUUUAGGUGGUGGCGCCUAACCUGUGAAUGAACUUGCCUGUGCACGAGAGCUUUACAGAAUGUUGAUCGACUCUUAAACAAAAACAUUGAGGUUUUCUUGAUUUUAGUUCAUGUUUAACAAAAAUAUAUUGGCCUUUAUUGCAUUACUUGUCAUACUUUUAUUUAUUUAUAUAAUAACCCUUUAUGUUAUUCUAUCACACGGUAAAAUACACUGAAGAAAGUGAUUGUAAAUGUGACAAAAAGUGGAAAAAUUUAAUUUGAACACCUUUGCAAGGCACUGUAUUUCUUUUUCUGGAACAGAUCCUGGAUCAGGGAGCAGCUGUGUGGAGGCAUUUAAUGGCACAGGAGAAGUCCAAAACAGAGUGGCAUCAGUUUUAAGUUCACAGAACACAGCUGGCAUCAUCUCUCACCUGUUCCUCUGCUCGCAGCUUUGCCUUUGUGCAGCAUCCCUGUGAUCCUGUGCAUGUGUGUUUGGCUUUUCAAGUUGAGGGGUUGUGUGUGUGUGUUUAGUUUCUAUUAUGACAAAGAGGAGGCUGAUGGAUCCAUUGUACUGUUUCUCACUGAAUGUUCUAGCAAAUUCCAGGAAUGUAGCUGUUCUGCGCCCGCAGGGGAAUCAAAGCUAGAUGUUGCCGGGCGUGGCCACAGGCCGGCUUUGGGGAAAGGCUACUCAUUCCAGAUCUCAUCUGUCAUCUUUGCACACGUGACUUGAAUCCUCUGAGCAAAAGGGUUGCAUUGAGGAGCCUCAGCUAGGCAUUCGUAAACACAAAGCUUUUAAUGGUGACAUCUACUUUUUGGUGUGUGGAUGCUUUGGCUUUGUUAGACUGUUGCUGCACUUUUUGGAAAAGCGCUGUCAAUUUUGACUCCAAGUCUGACCCGAAGCCAUCGACACACUUCAGCAUCUCCUACAAAGCAGCAGCUGCAGUGUUUGCUUUAUCUUUGGCCAACAAGAACACUUGUGCUGAUUUAGCGAGCUGAUAAUGAGGUUUGACCUCCAGGGCAGAAGAUGGAAAGGCAAUGCAACAGCUUGGUUUCUACUGUCUUCCACAGUGUCUACUCAGCAUCAUGGAGGCUUUCAAGCAAACUAUUUUACUUCCUAAAAUCCCUUGUGUUGAUGUUAUGGGUGCUGCGUUCUUUUCACGAGUUAGAGAAGCAUUUUGUUUCUCAGUAAAAUGGAAACUAACAGCUUUUUUUGUUGGUAUACCGCCACUUCUCUAUGUUUAAAGGCAAGUGUUAAAUGAAUCCACAUCUUUCAAAUUAGCUGUUUGGCUUCAACAUGCUGCACAAUUACAGUCACAAAGAGAUAAAUAAAGCCUUUUAGGUUUAAUUAAAUCCAAUUUCAAAUGCACCAUCCUUGCGAAGUUAUAGACAGUUAUGCUCGUCUAACUUCUCUUUAUCUACUGUUCCAGUCAGAAGUUUACAGAAUUGCAAUUUAUUUUGGGCUUUUAAUGAUUUAUUCAAACUGCUAAUUUUUUAUACCAAGGGUCAGCUUCAAUGCAAAGAGCCAUUUUUACUCGUCUAUUUAAUAAAUACAUUUCUCUAGAGCCGUUAAACCCUUCAGAAAAUGAUCACGCUUAAUAUAUAAUUGCUAAAUAAAAUGAGUUUGCAGGUACACUUCAAGGACCAAAAUUGUAUUUGUAUUUUGGGGUUUUAGAAUAAUUAAAACUCUACUUUUAAAGUAAGCAGAUCCAACAAAUGUCUGCAAAGCACCUAUGCUGAACAACCAGAGUUGCAGGUUGCUGACCUCUGACAUACACCCUCACUAACCUUUUGGAUUAAUUUCUUUCAGCAAGUUCAAGAGAACCACUACCGAUUUUGUUUUUAGCCAUAAAAAGGUUCUGGAAUAAUUCUGGGGGGGAGGGGGGGUGUAAUAGUGUCUGUAUGUAUUUGAGUCUGUAAGUAAAACAGCGUGUGUGGAGUAGAGAAAGUCCACAAUAAAUUCAAACUCUGGCAUCACAUUCUUGUCCUUAAAAUGUUCAAAUAAAUGAUUAACAGCCCCAAAUAAAUAGAGCUUUCCUGCUCAUGAUGAUGGGUGGAUGUCAUCUUCUGACCAGGACAGUAAAGUAUGCUCACCCACUCAUCUCCAUCCACUGUUGGACAGGCAGGCAGAUGUUUCUGACAGGUUAUCUUCUGAAAAUGAGCGUGCUGCAACCGCUGAUGUGAAACAGUCUGAUUAUGGUUUCUACAUGUAUGUGCAGCACAAGGCAACGACUGAAAAUGUGUACCUUCCAGUGUGUUCACUGCUGAUUUUAUUGCUUACCUAUUUGAUUUGCAAACCAAAAUGUAGGUUUUGUGUAAACUGACACUUCGGAACAUAUGAGACCUUUUUUGCAUCGCGUAGAACUCAAAGGGAAUCACAAAGCUCUUUAUAAUCCAUUUAAGAUGAAACAAACCUUUAAAUCCAUUCAGUGUUCAAUUCCCAAUAAAUAAUUUACUAUAAA